AUUCAGAGUGAUUUCAUAGUUUUUUCUUCUUGAUUUUAUCUUCUUUUUCUUUUUUUAAUAGUCAGAGCGGAGCGAUCAUCAAGAAACUCGGACGCUAUUCAUGGCUGCUUCGUCCUCUUCUUCAUCUUUAUCGUCUUCGCCUGACUCGUCGUCUUCGUCUCAUCGGGACCGUCGUCGUAGUCGUCGUCGUCAUCGUGGGGACAAAGACGCUCUCAAGAUUAGAAAGAAGAGCCGUUUGAGGUCGAAGCGAAAGCGAAGACAUCACACUUCUGACAGUUCUUCUUCUUCCUCUACCGAUGGUUACAGUUGUAGCAACUCUUCUGACGGUGAGCAUGAGGUAUCCAAUCAUUCAAGGAAGCGCAAGCAUUCUGACCAUCCACGGAAGACCAAGGAGAAGGAUAGAGGCAAAAAUCACCAGCACAAGCGCCAUAAGCUUAAAGUUAAAGAGAAACAGCAGGAUGAGGGGAGCAGUAGCCCAGUACAACUUUCCAAGUUCUUAGGGCGUGACAAAGAAAAUGGUGUUCGUCGUAGUGCAGUAUCUGGCAAAAAGAUUUUGUUGAAGCUUGAGAAAUCUAAGGAGGACAAGUUGGCAGAAAACAAUCGCAAUGAAUUGCUGAAGUUUUUGAAUGCAAGUUAUGAUUAAUUAUGUUUCUUUAGACAUUCUGGAGCUUCCUGAGGUGGUGACUACUACAGCCUAUGAAAUUAGUCACCUGCUUCAGAUAUUUCAAUGAGGAAGGUAAUGCCUUGGUAUAUAUUUAUCCCUUGCAGUUGCCAUAACAUGUCCAGUCUUUCAUUCUCUGGUAAUGUAUAUCAGUGCUUCUAUCUUGCUUCAUAUGUUUGGCCUUUUUUGUUGAGUGUUUGGAAUAGAACAUGUUACCGAUUUGUAAGGUAUAACAUUAGAGCAAACUGUUCACCUUAAGUUGUACUUAUAUUUUAACGAGGAAGGGACCAUUAU